UACUUUUCAGACAUUUUUGCCCAUGAACAAAGACUACAUAAUGAUCUCAUGAAAAACUACCUCACAGCAGUUCGACCAACCACAGAUCUCAGUACACCAAUCCAUGUUCAACUCAUGUACGACCUAAUUAGAGUUGAUGAACUAGAUGCAGCAAAGGAAACGAUUACCACCACUUUUAUGUUCCAACAGAUCUGGAAAGAUCCUCGUUUGACUUGGAACACUACAGAAUAUGGAGGCAUUAAAUCCAUAAGAUUUCCAUACAACAGUGUUUGGCAUCCAGAUAUAGAAAUUGAAAACUUUGCGCCGGGGCCAUCUUGGUCAUCUGAAGCUUCCGUAUACAUCAGCUAUGACGGCACUGCCAUCUACGUGCCCCACAAAACAUUGUCCACUUACUGCUCAAUGGACCUAGCGCUGUUCCCAUAUGAUACCCAGACAUGCUCUUUAACUUUUGUUCCGUGGACUCACAAUUCACUUGAAAUGAGAUUAGGACUGUAUGGUCAUUACUAUAAUACGACAAAAAAGUUGGAAAUCAAUGUAGAAAAUUACCUCGAUUUUCAGUGGAAAAUCUUAAAAGCAACGGCCUCCAUCAACAGUAGGAAGUAUUCUUGCUGUCCGGAGGAGUAUCAGAGGUUUGUGGUGACGAUAACGACGAUGAGAAAGACCAGCUUUUAUCGUUACGUCAUCACCUGGCCCUCCAUUAUUGCCUGUUUCCUGGUUCCGUUUCUCUUUGCUAUACCUUCACAUUCCGCUCAGAAAAUUACAUUUGGUCUUGGACUUAUGAUUUUUGAGUCAUUGAUCGUUUUGGUCUUCGUUGAGACAAAUACAUUUGAUCACACUACAGUUCCGAACCUUGCCAUUUUCCACUUGAUUAUUUUGAUUUUAACAUCAAUAAGUCUCCUGCUGUCCAUAUUCAUUAUCUCGCUAUGUGAUGACAGUGGAAGAAGAAAACGCGUACCAGCUUGGUUACAAAGACUUGCCUUGAAUGAUACUUGCUUGAGGAGGAUACUUUGUCUUGGGCAAUAUGGAAAGUCCAUCAGGUAUUCUAACGGAGGUGGGGGUCUUUUAGAGGACCAGGGGAUACAUGAACCUUCACAUGAUGCCCCUGAAAUGCACACAGUGUCCAAUAACGAUACGAUGAGGGAUUUAUCGGAGUCCAUUCGCACAAUCUCCGACAAGAUGAUCUCCGAGGAGGCUUCUGCUAGGAUUACACAAGACUGGCGAGAGAUCGGGAGAUUGGUGGAUCGAAUUCUUGGUUUUCUCUGUGUUGUGACUGUGUUUAGUUUAUUAAUGUGGUCAAUUACGUCUUCCAUCUGGUUGAAAUAAUGACAAGAAUGCAUUUUUUUUAAAGUUACACUAACAUUUUAUAUUUGUAAACAGUGAUACAGUACAGUUCUACUGGAUUUAUAAACUCGCGCCCUGCAUAGUUGACAGAAUGUGACGUCUCAGCACCUGUUAGCACGGAGAGUCCGAUAAAUUUCACGGAAUGGAAUUGAUGCAAUAUGCGUGCCUUCAACCAAAAGGUGAUACGUCAUAUUUUGUCCGUCAGUCAAAGCUCUUGGUGCCUAUCUUGAAUCCAAAUACGUAUAUCAUAAAGAACUAAACACAAUAUAUUUUCCGUAUGUGAAACAUUAUUGUAGAUCGAUUUUUUUAACAGUUUCACUCAAUCGACUGUUACAAUAUCUUAUAAUAAUUAACUAAAAAAAUACACAUGUAAUUGUAAUACU